AUGGUCCACCAACGCACAUGGCAGCACGCGCUGCAACUCGCCGCGACUGUUGGUCUUGCCGGUGCAGUUGCAAUUCCAGAGCCGACGGCUAUCCCAGCAAGGGUGGUUGAGGCCCGUGAGCCACUCGUCACUCCAGCCGCGGUCCGAUUCGACAGCCGCAUGAGCUACGUGCAGAGAGACAUUAUCGACGAUAUCAAGAGUGGCGUCGGGGGCUAUGCGCAGUCCCUAGGCAGUGUGCUGGGUUCGGACCUGCCCAGCUUCUUCACUGAAGGCAUUCCUGCUUGGUUCGAAGGCCUCCCUACCGGCUCUCAAGUCCUCAAGUCUCUCGACAUUGGCGAUGAUGAUUUGGCCUCGAAGCCUACUCAAGUUCUCAACGUUCCCCCGUAUGCGAACUGGACCGACCAGGGCUGGAACGUCCGCUUCCACGGCAAUGUCUACAAGUUCCCGGAUAUCGAUCAGAAAAAGGUCGACGACCUGGCCAAUGUCUUCUUGAUCGAUACUAGCAUUGAAAAGCUGCCUCAGAACGAGCAAGAACAGGCACGCAACCUCACCCGCUCCAUUUUCAUUGUCCAGCAAGGCGACCAGAAUGUUUCCAUGAGCCUUGAGCCUUCGCCCAUGCAAGGCGCCGACGGUGAGCCUGGUGGCGGUAACUCGGUCCAGGCACCUGGCGGAACCCAGUCCCUUACCCUUCCCUACGAGACUACCGAACUGGGCGACUUUGACGUCUUCGUACCCAUCAAGUUGAACGGCCUCACACCCGGUAACCAGACCAAUAACGUUCAGCGCCUCAACGUUCAUACCAAUGGCACGGACAGCGGCAAUGCCACUGCCUUCCUUGUCCCCCCUCAGGGUAUCACCUUCAUCUCGGAUAUUGACGAUAUCCUGCGUGUGACCAAGAUCUACGAACCCAAGGAAGGUCUCCUCAACAGCUUCGCCCGCCCCUUUACUCCCUGGAUGAACAUGCCCGACAUCUAUGCCAACUGGUCGCGUACUCUUCCCAACAACACGCACUUCCACUACCUAACCACCACACCUGAACAAGCUACCCGCCUCUACAUGGACUUUAUCUACAAGACCUACCCAGGAGGGUCCUUUGACACUCGCCCGCUCAAUUUCUCCGACAUCGAGGCCACCCUCUCCAUCCGUCAGUACCUCCUCACCAAGGUUUUCGAGACAUUUCCUGAGCGCAAGUUUGUUCUUGUUGCCGACACCUCAAACAGCGAUGUCAUGAAGGCCUACCCUAAGAUGGCCCACGACUACCCCAAUCAGGUUCAAUGCAUCUUCUUGCGCAACACUUCAGCCACUGACGACAAGAUGUGGUUCCCCUACAACACCGAGGGCUUCAAGGGCUUGAACAGCCGCAGCUACAUGUUCUUCCGUGAGCCAAAUGACCUGACCGGUCUCGAUAUUGUCAACGGACAGUGCCUAAACGAGACGAUCCCGCAGAACGUUACAUUCUCCAGGCAAGCAGAGAUUCUCGGUAUCCAUGGCGACAGCGCUGGCAGCAGGAUCCAGGGUGGAGCAACGCUUAGCUUCGUUUUCGCCCUCUUUGCUGCUGUUGCUUUGUCGAUAUAA